AUGUACGACUAUGAAUAUGGUGAUCUGUGUUUUGAUGAAGAUAAAAUGGGUAUGAAAGUAACCUCUGGGGUUGUCACAAUUAAUAAGGACACGACAACCAACCUUAUAGGAAUAACAAUUGGUGGAGGACCGCCUCACUGCCCUUGUAUUUAUGUUAUCCAGGUAUCCGACAAUUCACCGGCUGCAUUAGAUGGUACAUUAGAAAGUGGUGAUGAGCUUCUAGCUAUAAAUAAUGAAUGUGUACGUGGACAUACAAAAUUACAAGUAGCACAAAUGAUACAAUCAAGUGUUGGACGAGUAAUUUUGAAGUACAACAAAUUACAUGCUGAUGCUCGUCAAGGCAAAACUUUGGAUAUUGUAUUAAAAAAAGUUAAACAUAGACUAGUUGAACGUAUGUCGGCCACCACUGCUGAUUCUUUGGGUAUGUCUCGUGCAAUACUAGUAAAUGAUAGUCUAGUUAAACGUUUACAACAGCUGGAUGACAUGGAACAAUCAUAUCGCCACUUGGUUGAUCAUACAGAACGUGUGCUUCGUGCAUUUUAUGCCCUGACCCAAUGUUUUAAAGAGUUUGGGGACACAUUUGCCGAAAUAGGUGCUAGAGAACCACAACCUAGAGCUAGUGAAGCUUUAGUGCGCUUUGCUGAAUACCACAGACGAAUGGAGCGUCAAGGCCUUAUGCUAAUCAAAGCUCUAAAACCCAUAUCUAGGUCAUUUGGUACAUACCUGAAUAAAGCUAUCCCAGACACCAAGCAAACAAUACGCAAGUACGCCGAUGUGAAAUUUGAAUAUUUAUCUUACUGUUUAAAAGUCAAAGAGUUAGAUGACGAAGAGAUAACUUAUUGUUCUGCAGACGAACCUUUAUAUCGUAUUGAAACAGGAAAUUAUGAAUACAGACUUGUAUUGAGAUGCCGACAGUUAGCAAGAAAACGAUUUGCUGCACUUAGAGAAGAUGUUUUGGCCAAAAUUGAACUAUUAGAAAAUAAACAUGUACAUGAUGUUGUAGGUCAAUUGCAUGCAAUCGCUUCACAAAUGGCUAGUUACAAUCGAGAAAUAAGCUGGAUGAUGCUUGGAGGUAACAACGUUAGUGAACCACCGCUCUUUCCUAUUGAGAUGGAUUUGACUUGUACUGCAUUUCAAUAUAAGUCUGUCCAGCCAGUAAACGAACUUAACCAAGAUGAUCUCAACAAUGAAAGUAUACACAAUUCAGUUGACAAUCCAAGAGUGUACAGAGAUUUGCCACCACUACUUAAAAAGAAUGAUUCUGUUUCUGCUUUGACAGAACUGUCACAAUUAUGCUUGGAUACUGAUGAAACAGAUAAUGAAAACCAUCAAACAGCAUCUUCUCCUUUGCUUUUAGACUUAUAA